AUGCUCCUUCCCCUUGCUCCCCCCUCGCCGGCUCUGUCGUCUCCGUUUGCCUCUUGUGCUUCCGGCUCUUUCUCUCUGCAAGUCGGGGAACUCGCGGAACGGCUUCUCACCUCUUCGGUCGGAGAGGUCCGUCGUGAGACGCACCGAGGCCAACACGGACGGAACUCCGAAAGGGGCGAGUCUCCGUUUUCCUCGGCCUCUCGUGUCUCUCGGGAGUCUCCUUCCCCGCGUGUGUGUGUUUCGCCGUCCCAGGCUUCUGCCGUUGCGAUUUCCACCGUGACAGAGGCCGUUCGCUUCUUUCUUCGCGACGCGUUCUUCCAGCAGGCGGCCUGGGGACUGCUCCACAGAGGCUUGGGGCGAGAAGCGCAACGCAUGCUCGCCGCGUGUCCGGGGUAUGCGUCUCUCUGGCUCUGUCUCGGGAAAGCGAUGCUGCGCUCGGGGCGCCUUCAGGAAGCUCUCGAGUUUCUGAAUUCUGAAGUCCCCUUUGAAGACCUUCCAUCGCACAUCGCGGCACCGCUGCAUCUCUUGCUGGCUGAGGUGUACGACGAUCUCGGCGCGAUUCCUCACGGAACUGAAGCCCUCUGCGCGGCGGCUAACUUCCUUCCAGAGACUUCGUUGAGUGGCGACUCGAGCGCGCUGGCGCGGCCUCGUCUCUCUUCUCGUGGAAAAGAGGGGCCGCUGGCGGGUCUUUACUCGGAGACGAAGAGAGAAGACCUCUCGUUUGCCGUCAUCGGCGCUCUCUGGCGCCUCAUUGGCCACGCGAGACUGGACCCCGAAGAAGAGGAACGCGUCCUUUCUCGCUUAGCCAUUCCACUGUCGCCGACCCAUGGCUGGUGGCUGGUGAACGCACGAUGGCAGUCCCGUUGCUGCUUUCGCAGUUUCGACUUCGAAACCGCCAACUCUCUCUGCGAUUUCGUGCUGGCUCGAGAUCCCACAGACGUCGACGCUCUCGCCCUCAAGGCUUCUUCGCUCCAUCAACUCGGCGCCACGAGAACCUCGGAGCUCGAGGAAUUCGCGAGACGUCUUCGGCGCAUGCAGGGAAACGCCGCUGUAUCAGCUUUCGUGACCGGGAAAGCGCGCCUUCUCGGAGCUGUUGGAGACCCCGAAGAACUCCGAAAAGCGGCGGAAUUCUUCUCCGAGGCUGUCUCCCUCCUUUGCGAACAUCACGGGUCUGCGACUUUGUUCUUCUCUGAAAACGAGGAUGACGACCGCCGAAGACAAACCAAGCCUUCCUCUUCCCCCGUUUCUUCCUUUUCUCCCUCGGCUUGGUUCUCUCUCUCGCUUUUGCCGACGCAGCGAACGUCGCUCGCCUGUCUCUGCUUCGAGGCUCUCGCACGAACUUACGCUGAACUCGGGGAGUCGCGAGUCGCCAUUCGACACCUGUUGCGGGCCAUCCGUCUACAGCCUCGAAACCACCGGGUGUAUCUACACUUGGGGAUGCAAGAGCUGGAGGAGAGCGAGGGGACGCCGGAGCCUUCCCUGCGCAGCCAGAUGCUUAGUCGAGCAGAGAUGUACCUCACACAGGCCUUGGAGAUGCAGCCGCUGGACCCCUUCGUGUACAACGAGCUCGCCCGACUGCACGCCGCUCGAAAUCGGAUGGACUGCAGCGUGUGGUACUUGGAGCGCGCGGUGCUGUGCAGUGUACGUACAGCUGCGUCACCUGCCUUGUUUCUGUCGAAUCUCGGCCUCGCGUAUCUCCGAACGCAGGCGUUCAAGAAGGCGGAAAGGACGUUCGAAGCCGCGCUCCGCUCCCACCUGCGUGUGUGUCCGGCCGCCUCGACGACUCUUCCUUUUCCGCCGUGUUUCUCCUUUCCGCAGUUUCCCCGCCUCGCCUCAGCUGCUGCGCGGGAGAGGCGGGAAGAAACGCGAGACUGUGCGACGGGCCAUGCAGAAGACGCAGCGCGGGACACCCCAGCAGAAGACGCGACGGAAGAGAGAGCGAGACGCGACGCUGUCGACUUGCGCGCCCGCACCGCGAGAAACGAAGCGCCGAACGGGGACGUUUUCGUUUUCCAAGGGAGGCGAGAGGAAGCGAGGGAAGGGCGAGAAGAGGGGGAAGAGAGAGAAGGGAGAGACUUCAUUGUGGGAUCCAGUCUCUUUGGUCCGACGGAAGAGAGGGAGAGAGAAGAUGAGGAGCGAGGUUUUAUCACGACAGCGGUCGGCAUCCCAGGGGCUCCUAGCGAUCCGUUCGAGGAACGAGAAGAAACCGAGAGUGAGAAGAAGGAUCGAAUUUUCGCACACAACCUCUGGCUCGGCUUAGGCGUGGCGCUCUACGUUCAGGGAAACCCGAGAUGCGUCGGACCGCUGGAAAGGGCCUUGCGUCUCGCUGGAGGCUGCAACGGGAAAUCUCAGUCAGCGGGCGUGAACCAGAAUUCUGCGUAUUUGACCUUUCUGCUGUACACGGCGGCCAUCGAAGAGGCACCUCUUCUCUUUCCGUCUCUCUCGCGCCUCUCUGCUUUUUCUCUCCCUCGUGCUUCCGCUAGUGGUCUCUCAGCUCCAUUUCUUUCCAGGUUCGGCGCGGGCGGGAAUGCCCGAGAAAGAAGACGGUUAGCGACCGCAGAGACAGGAAGAGAGGGAAGAGCAGAACGGCAGAGAGAAAGAACGGGAGAGAGAGAAGACAGAGGUGAGGGGGAAGGGGCGAGUAUUGUGGGAAAAAAGAGACGGUUUGAAGGAGAGACGGGACGAUGCAGAGAGGAGGUCGAGAGUUUGCUGGAUGACGUUUUGGAUACCUUCAGCAGGCGCGAGAGAGAGCGAGAGGCUCGCAAGACAACACAGCGAGACGAGGAUCCCGAGCAGCCCGUGUUCGCUGGUCCUCUUUCUGGAGAAUAG